GAUGAAGGCCCUCCUGGGCGUCUGCUGCUGCUGCUGCCGCCAUCCACAGGUGCUGUGGGCCGCCCUGGCCGCCUCCAUGACCAUCGGCUUCGCUCUGCAGCUUUUGGGGGUCUCCUUCCAGAAGAGGGAGCCCCUCCCGCAGCAGCUGCCCCCCUCCCCCAGCCCCACUUGCCGGCCGCGUCAGCACGUGGUCUUCCUGAAGACGCACAAGACGGGCAGCAGCACGGUGGUCAACAUCCUGCACCGCUUUGGGGACCUGCGCGGCCUGCGCUUCGCCCUGCCCGCCCGCUACCAGUUCAGCUACCCCAGCCCCUUCCAGGCCCGGAGGGUCAAGGGGUGGCACCCCCGCGGGCGACCCUUCGACCUGCUCUGCCACCACAUGCGCUUCAACCUGCCCGAGGUGCGGAAGGUGGUUCCUGGGGACAGCUUCUACUUCUCGGUGGUGCGGGACCCGGUCUCCUUGGCGGAGUCGGCCUUCUCCUACUUCCGCGGGGUGGCCUCCGCCUUCCGCCACGCGCCCUCCCUGCCCGCCUUCCUGGCCGCCCCGCAGCGCUACUUCCGCCCGGGCGAGCGCGGCAACCACUACGCCCGCAACCUGCUGUGGUUCGACUUUGGCCUGGACCCCCCCUCGGCUCCCGGCCCGGCCCCCAUCCGCGAGGCCCUGGCCCGGCUGGACCGCACCUUCGACCUGGUGCUGGUGACGGAACACCUGGACGAGUCGCUGGUGCUGCUGGCGGAGGCGCUGUGCUGGGACCUGGAGGACGUGGUGGCCUUCCGGCACAACCUGCGCAGCCCGCGGGCCCUGGGCCCCCCCUUGAGCCCCUCGGAGGCGGCCCGGCUCCGCGCCUGGAACCACCUGGACUGGCAGCUCUACUCCCACUUCAACGCCUCCUUCUGGGCCCGCGUGGAGCGCUUUGGGCGGGGGCGCAUGGCGGGGGCGGUGGGGCGGCUGCGGGCGCUGCGGGCGGAGCUGGAGGGGCGCUGCCUGCGGGGAGGGGGCCCCCUGGAGCCCACCCACAUCCCCGACCAGGCCGCCCGGCCCUUCCAGUUCGGCCAGGCCCCCAUCCUGGGGUACGCCCUGCGCCCCGGACUCCGGCCCCCCUGGACCCAGCGCUGCCGCCGACUGGUCACCCCCGAACUCCAGUACAAGGACCUGCUGGACGCCAAGCAGUUCCCCCCCCUUGCCGCCCGGCCGAACGCCACCCGCCCCGGCCCCGCCUAGCCAACCUUUACACUGCCAGGUGUGGCCGAAGGCUUUCUUGCACAGCCAGAAGAACUGGAGAAUUGUGUGGUUUGCGGGCUGUGCUCUCGCAGCAUUUGCUCCUGACAUUUCCCCUCCAUCUGAGGCCAGUGGCAUCUGCAGAGGAUCUGAUGCGAGUCAAGCAAGUGGAGGAUAGAUCUAUUAGGCUUGGGCAAUCCAUGGUUCUAAAUGGUUCUAAAGUACUUACAAAACUAAAGUUCUGGUGGUGAAAAUUUCAGAACUCUAACAAAACUCUCAAAAUUUCAUAAUAAAUGGCAGUUCCUAAUUGGUUCU